CCCGCCGUUUCAUUUUCGGAAUUGACAUCUUCCCACGGCUGCUGUUCAUUUCCUGUCCGUGAGUCUGCUGCAAAACAGGUCAUGAAUUCUGAUAUACCAGCCAUCAGUGUAGAAGACUACGAGGCACAGAAUCACUAUCACAACGUAGACCUCUUCAAAAGUAUAAAUGCUCUGUUGAAUAACACGCUUGAUUUGUCUUCCAUUACGGGGAUGAAUAUUCCUCAGGAACAACAAAAACCAACUAUGCCGCAGAUGCCGCUACAAAUGCCACAAACAAGUCAUGAACAAGUUCCUGUUUCAUCUUAUGAUCAGAGUCUCUACAACAACAUGUCUGCAAUAUAUCCUGGUUUACAUUUAUUUUCUGUACCAGCCUCCCAACAGCAACAACAGCAACAACCCCAAACAGUUCCUCAAUCCUCGUUAUAUAGCUAUAAACCUGCAGACAUGUAUCAGACACCACAAAAAUACUCUAGGGCAAUCAAAGGUCCAGAUAGAAGCCCAAGUACACCCAGUGAUUAUGGGACGUCCUCUCCUAACAGUACAAUGAAUGAUACCCUAUCUCCUGUUGAGAAGAUACUGUAUUCUAAUUUGAUAUCAGGAAGUCGUAGAAGUACAUCACCAGCUGACUCAGACACAAGUGGAAUUAGCAGUGAAGGUUCAGAGGCAGCACUUAUUGAUAUGAUGCACUCAUUAAAUAUGGGAAACCGAACUAAACAACAACAGCAGCAGCAACAACAAGUCCAACCUCAGCAAACGCAUGCGGAUGUGGCAGCACAAUUAUUUCAAGCCCAGCAGCAACAACAAGCAUUGUCAACCCAACAACAGUUGCAGGCCUUACAACAACAAAGGGAGGGAACUGGUGCAAGUCAGAUGGUACAAACAUCUAGAGGUUACUCAGUUAUUAAUCCUUUCUUAAUGGCAAAUGUGGAUCCAUAUGCUAUUGAUAGAGCAGCAAGGUUACAUAGAAAUGCAGCAGCAAUGUGUGAAGCCAGUUGUACAUGGAGUGGACAACUACCUCCAAGGAAUCAUAAGAAUCCAACCUACUCUUGUAAAGUUUUUCUAGGUGGAGUACCUUGGGACAUCACAGAAUCUGGACUACAGACAUCCUUUGGUAAAUUUGGAGCUUUUAAGAUUGAAUGGCCAGGAAAAGAUGGUUAUGUAUAUUUAUUAUUUGAGUCAGAGAAAGGUGUAAGAGGACUAUUACAAGAUUGUACUCACGACUUCAGUAGUGGAGACUAUUAUUACAAGAUAUCAAGCCGUAGGAUGAGAGCUAAAGAGGUUCAGGUGAUUCCUUGGGUUCUUAGUGAUAGCAAUUACGUCCGCCAACCGUCCCAGCGUCUAGACUCCAACAAGACCGUAUUUGUAGGAGCACUCCAUGGAAUGAUGAAUGCAGAGGCACUGGGAUGCAUCAUGAAUGAUCUCUUUGGAAAUGUAGUGUAUGGCGGUAUAGACACUGAUAAACAUAAAUAUCCAAUUGGUAGUGGACGUGUGACAUUUAACAGUAAAAAGAGUUAUAUGAAAGCUGUUCAAGCUGCUUUUGUAGAAAUCAAAACUCCAAAGUUUACAAAAAAGAUUCAAAUUGACCCAUAUUUGGAAGACUCCAUGUGUAGUUCAUGUGGAAUACAACAAGGACCAUACUUUUGUCGUGAAAUGGUAUGCUUUAAGUAUUUCUGUAGGACUUGCUGGUAUUGGCAGCAUGCUUUGGAUAGUCUACGUCACCACAAGCCGGUCACUAGGAAUACAAAGACAUCAAAUAUCAUUGCUGCUGCUUCUAUAAAUGGAAUAGACAUAUAAAGACAUUUCCCUACGGACAGCAAAGAAACUUGAGUUAUUCUGAAGAAAUAAGUGCUAUAUUUGUAUAAAGUGCUAAAAUGUACAAUAGUGCUUUCAGACAUUUGGAUUCAUACUCAACAUUUAAGACGGUUACAGAGGUUUUAUGUGAAUUUUAUGAAGAGAAGUAAAUAACAUCAAAAAAGAUUUAAUUCUACAACUUAAAUUUUUAAAUAAAUAUAACGGUUAACAAAAAGUUCAAGAUAUUUUA